AUGGAGGAGGCCACCAAGAGUAUAUCAGCGAGGACUGUUGAAGAUAUGGUGGCAGAAUGGAUCCGCUACAGAAAUGAGUGUCUGGUCAGGAUGAGCGCAGAACCCGGACCAAACGAAUUGGUAUGCAGUCGUAUGUUUGACGAAUAUGCUUGUUGGUCAGAUGGACAACCCAACUCUACAGUCAAGGUGCCCUGCCCCUGGUACCUACCUUGGUACAACCAAGUGCGUAGUGGUUUUGUGUUGCGUGAGUGUGGCCCUGAUGGCAAAUGGGCCACCAGAAACUCCAGUCAAACCUGGAGGGAUCAUUCUCAGUGCCAACCUGAGGACAGCCAACAGGAGGAGGAGAAGCAAAUUAUUAUUUAUGCCUGCUUUCGGGUCAUGUACACAGUGGGCUACUCUCUCAGUCUGGUCAGUCUCUGUGUGGCUCUGAUUAUUCUUCUCUUUUUCAGUAAGCUCCACUGUACCAGAAACUACAUCCACAGCAACUUGUUUGCGUCGUUCAUUCUGCGAGCUCUCUCCAUCCUGACUAAAGAUGCUCUACUGGGUAAAACCUACCUGGAGUUCACAGACAACAGGGACAUCUUUGAAGUGAACAGUAACCAGGCAUUGUCCAGCUGCCUUGUGGCUCAAGUGCUGAUGCAUUACUGUGUGGGAGCCAACUACUACUGGCUUCUCGUGGAAGGCCUGUAUCUGCACAACUUGCUGGCACUGAUGGCUUUCUCUGAAAACCGCUUUUUUGGUGGAUAUCUGUUGAUAGGCUGGGGCACCCCGGUGUUAUUUGUCUUUCCCUGGAUUCUUGUACGUUACAUGUAUGAAGACACAAGGUGUUGGGAGAUAAAUGAAAACAUGGCUUACUGGUGUAUAAUCCGUAUCCCUAUUCUCCUGGCCAUAAUGGUUAACUUCUUCAUCUUUAUUCGCAUCAUUCUGAUCCUUAUAUCUAAACUGAAAGCCCAUCAGAUGAGAUAUACUGACUAUAAAUUCAGACUGGCCAAAUCCACAUUGACCCUGAUCCCUCUGCUGGGGAUCCAUGAAGUUGUGUUUGCGGUGUUGACGAAUGUGCAAACAGAUGGAGUCUUUCGCAAUAUCAACCUCUUCUUCCAGCUCUUCUUCAACUCUUUUCAGGGUUUACUUGUAGCCGUCCUGUACUGUUUUGUCAACAAGGAGGUGCAAGCAGAAAUAAAGAGUACAUGGCAGAGGCUGAAGCUGUGGUUGACUUACCUAGAUGAACUGAGAAGUAGUGGCAGUAACACACUGCAGACUCCUGUCAGCAUGCCUCCAUCUUCCCAGUGUCACCAUCUGUCUCUUUACAAGCUACCUGACGGCUGCCCAGAGGUCAGCCACCUCUCUCCUAUGCUCCACACCUCUCUUUCACCAGCUCCUCACCCUCAGGUUCCCAUUCCUGACUGCUACGCCUACCACCAAGACAAGAUGGGAGACAAAUUGGUGAAAACUUCCUGGCAUGUCGCUGCUCAUACUAAGGAUAGAGGAGAGGAUGAUGAGAAAUUAUAUGAAAUGUAUUGCUAA